GACUGCUGUAGGAGUGCGCUGGAGGCAUCAACGCUCCACCCUCCACUCCUGCAUGUCGUCCAUCCUCCGAGCCUCCUCACCGGACUAAACCGAGCCAUCCAUCCAGCCUCGUCACGCCGCUCGCGGCAGUCAGCCGCGACGGCGUGGAGCCGCCCCGCCACCCGUGCGUCGGCCUGUCGUCGCAUGGCCCGUCAAAGCCGCUUCCUUUUGACCUUCGCUCUGCGCGAGAGCGUUAGCGGCACCUCGCUGGUCUGCUUGUCGCAGGGCUGGCCGUCGCAGCGUGGCGAUCGACCGCAAUGGCGAGCGAACGGAGGCGGGCAGGCGGGAAAGCGCCGGGAGCGAGGGAGUUCGACGCAGACGGCGAGGGGCUCAUUCCAUGGCGGACGUUGCUGCUCGUGGCGGGAGCGGCGGUUGCUGGCGCGGCAGUGGUGGUGGCCGCACGGCCCAUGGCUCCCCACUUGAAACACACCGUCACGGGCGUCGCUACAUUUCUGCAGGCGGCGCGUCUGAUCGGGGCUGCGCGCGAGGCGGUCGAGGAAACGCGCAGAGGGGCGGAAGCGCAUUGGCGUGCUUUCUGCGAGAAGGCGAGGGGGAGAUUGCGGGCUGGCGCGGAGCGAGGGACGCAGCUGUUGGGGAGCGGGCAGCAGCGAGCGACGGGAGACAUAACAGGGGAUGAUGUGACGCAUCCGACGGCGGGGAUGGCUUGGGAGGUUGUGCGGUGGUAGGAGCCGAGUCUGCUGGAUGGCCUCGCGUGGAGGAACUUCAGGGUGUGGUGAUGGCGGGUGCUUGUAACUUGUAACCGCAGGUUAGAACUAAGGAAUAUACAUACGAUACAUGUACGGGCAGAUGGGAGACGU